AGGCGUACGGAGCUGCAACGGGAGCGGCUGCGCCGCCCGGUCGGGUCAGCGUCGUGCGCAUGCGCGGACGGGCGCCAUUUUGGUGGCCGGACACGGAGGUGAUUCCAUACUGAAGAGAGCGAGGCGGCCGGGGUGGCAGUGGCAGUGUUCGUGUGCUCGGGUGUGAAUCACAGAGGGAGGAAGCGGCGGAGGAAGAGGUGGCGGCGGUGGCGGUGGUCGUAGCGGUGGCGGAGGAGGCGGGUACGAAUCAGCUGCGGGCGGAGACAUGGCCAACAUCGCGGUGCAGCGAAUCAAGCGGGAGUUCAAGGAGGUGCUGAAGAGCGAGGAGACGAGCAAAAAUCAAAUUAAAGUAGAUCUUGUAGAUGAGAAUUUUACAGAAUUAAGAGGAGAAAUAGCAGGACCUCCAGACACACCAUAUGAAGGAGGAAGAUACCAACUAGAGAUAAAAAUACCAGAAACAUAUCCAUUUAAUCCCCCUAAGGUCCGGUUUAUCACUAAAAUAUGGCAUCCUAAUAUUAGCUCUGUCACGGGGGCUAUUUGUUUGGAUAUCCUGAAAGAUCAGUGGGCAGCAGCAAUGACUCUCCGCACGGUAUUACUGUCAUUGCAAGCAUUGUUGGCAGCUGCAGAACCAGAUGAUCCACAAGAUGCAGUAGUAGCAAAUCAGUACAAACAAAAUCCUGAAAUGUUCAAACAGACGGCUCGACUUUGGGCACAUGUGUAUGCUGGAGCACCAGUUUCUAGUCCAGAAUACACCAAAAAAAUAGAAAACCUAUGUGCUAUGGGCUUUGAUAGGAAUGCGGUAAUAGUGGCCUUGUCUUCAAAAUCAUGGGAUGUAGAGACUGCAACAGAACUGCUUCUGAGUAACUGAUUUACCACCUGUAUGAGUGAGAGAGCUGCUGAUAUAUUCAAGUUUGCCCCUUCUUGAGGAGCAUCAACAUCUGUUAUUUUUAGGAUUCUGCAUAGAUUUCUUUUAAACUGGCAUUCUUGCCUAAUGAUGUUACCUAGGCACCAUUGGAGACUGAAAAACAAAAUCCCUGCUAUGUAAAUAAAGCUAAUUAAACGUCUGUGUAAAUUGAAAAAGGGGAAAUACUUUAAUUUUUUUCUUAAUAGUGUAAAAAUUCUUCGAGCUAAGCUAAAACCAUGGAAAAACAUGCUACUUUAGUGUUUAGCAGUGUACCAAGACUAGCAAGAGUGCUUCGGGAUUUCGUCGAAUAAUUAAGAUAAUAUUUGAGUGUGUCAGGGCCAUUCAAAUUGUUGGUGUUGCAUCACAGCUACCUUAACUGUUUUUAACAUGGAUCCUCUGUGCCUGUGAAUUUACUUGCAUGCUUGUACUUGACUUCUUAGGAUGGGUAGCUGAAAAGACCACCAUUUUAAGCAUUUGAGAAUUCUUAAAUAUGAAAUUUAUCCAGAAUUGAAGAUGGUGACCUAUUCAGAGCCUUUUUGUCCUUGUUAACAGACUGGGACACCAUAUCUAUUUUUUCCCUCUUACCACACACAGCUUAUAUUCUAAUAGUAAAUUUCUCUAUAUUUGGUGAGGAAAUGUGCUGAGGAGCAAUAUCCCUUGCUCCAUUUUUGAGUCGUCUAUGUAGAAUGUUUUGUCACAGAUCUUCACUUUUAAAACGUUCCUAUGUAAGUAAGUAAUAAUGUAAAAUCGGAGGCGCCCAUUUUGUUUCUCUUGUAAAACCAGUAAAUACUUGAUAUUGCAGUAUUCCCAAGAUUUGAUCAAAGAACCAAUUUAGUUUUUCAGUGAAUUUGAUUUUUCUAUUUUUAAACUUGACAAAAUUUUUCUUUGAGAAUUUGAAAGGAUGAAAUCAACUGUAGUUUUCUGGCCUAAUUUUGGCUUUAUGGAGAUUGCUGUAUUGGAUACUUUGAAAGUUUCUCUUGCUUGCAUUUCCCCCUAUUGAAACAUGAAAGCUGUGUUGGUAUUUUACUGUACAUACUUCAAAUGCACAUAGGAAUAGAAGUGUGUUAUAAAUCUAGCUUUCUUUAUGAUGUUUCUGAUAAUAUGAAGAUUGAAAACUUUACCUUCUCUUGUACAUAGUCAGACUUUCUAUUCGUAUUAAAAUUACAUUUCAUUCUAAGUUCAAAAGUUUGAAAAUUAUUAGUUUUGCAAGCUCAAACACUAAUGUGACCAUUUUAUGAGGGUUGAAAUGGAUUUAUGCAGAUAGUUCUAUACAUAGAAACACAGUUCUUAUUAAAUUUUCAGGACCAAUGCAAAAUAAUAAAAAUGUAAUGGAAUCAGAAUGAAUUAAAGUAAGGCUGUAUAUUGAAAGUCAUAUUAUAAAAGAUUUGCUUUUUUCCCAAGUGUUAUUUAUCCUAAAUUAUAAUCAUUAAGUGUUUGGAAAAUAAUUUUGAACCAUAAAUUCAGCAUAAUUUCAUUCGACUUCUCAAUCUUAGAAGCAAUAAAAAGAACCAUUGUUAAAUAUA